AGAGAGAAUAAAGCUGUAUUCGAAAAUUCAAACGGGCGCCUUUUUGCUUGAGAGGCAAAGAGCUGAGCCGGCCCUCUCUGAUCUCUCUCAGAGUCUCUUCCUUUGCUGGGUCGAUCGAGGGUUCCAGGAUUCCAAAGGCAGCAGAUUUGUCCAAAAGGUCCGGUUUUUCUCAACCCUCGAUCGCUACCAAACAUGGCUACUUGCAUCUCCAACACCUACGAAGCAGCGCGCAAUCAACAAGUUGAACUCAACAAAAAGAAGUUUGAGGAUUUGGGAAUUUUGAAGAUCUCAAAAAAUUUGGCUGAACUACCAAGUUCUGAGAAGAAGUCACAGCAACGUCCUCCAAAGCCCAGAUUGAAGACCACCUGUGUAUCGGAACCAAGACGUUCUUCCCGUGCACGUAACCCAGUCCCUUCAUAUCGUGAUGAUAUUGACGUAGGUCUUCCAACUUUUCGGAAGAGGUCAAGGCCGUCAAACUCUUGGGGAAGCUAUCUUGCAAGGCCACUAGAUGAAGUCAGAGAAGCUUCUCAAAAAGAAAGAGAACGUGCUUUUGAGGCUGCAGCAGAGCUCCAAAGCAAUCUUAAGUCUGGAAAUCCAUCUUUUAUCAAAUCGAUGGUUCGGUCUCAUGUUUAUAGUUGUUUUUGGUUGGGCCUUCCUUCUACAUUCUGUGAGGAUCAUCUUCCGAAAACAUUGUUGGAUAUGGUAUUAGAGGAUGAAGAUAGCGUGGAAUUCCCGGCAACAUACAUUGGUAAAAGAGCUGGGCUUAGUGGGGGAUGGAGAGCUUUUGCAUUGGACCAUAAGUUGGACGAUGGUGAUGCACUGGUGUUUGAGUUGACUGAGCCAACAAGAUUUAAGAUAUACAUAAUUAAAGCAUUUCCACUUUCCAUUCAAGAGAAAAGUGAGGAUUAUGAGGACAAAGAAGAAAUUAAUGCUGCUAAAACAACAUCAAAGGCAGGCUUGAAGCUUGAAUCGCAACCAAAUCAGAAACAAAAGUCGAGGAAAGCUGCAGUACAUGCAAGUGAUGAUUUGGAAAGUCCUCAAAAGCUUCAGCCAAAGAGUGAAACAAAUAGUGAAGACAAAUCCCGAGAUGAAAACCCAACUAAGACGAAUGGAAUGGUUUCUCAAAGAUUUCAAAAGAAAGGUAAAUCAGUUGGUACUAGUGAAUUAAAGGUGGAAAUAGUCGAGAAUAGUGAUAGGUGUGCUUCUCAGAAACCUAGAAAUAGACCUGCUCCAAAGCUUUUUAGAAAGAAAGCAUUUUAGGAGAGGGUGAAAAGAGGCUUCACCAUUUUCUUCUGGUAUGCAAAAUUCAGAACUUUUAAUUGGUUAGGGGAUUAAACUGUCAACAAAAAGAAAAGUUGGCUGUUCUUUUGCCUAGUAAUAUGACAGCCAUCAUGCUCUCUGAUUUUUGACUGUUGUGAACAUUUAGGCCUUAUGCCAGAAUCCCCUAAGGCUCGAGUUGACAGUUUGCCUAGUAAAAGUUGACAACUAAUGCUAAUAUUGAUGGAAUCAUGUUCUUAGCAUACUGAAUGAAAUUUCAUGGAUGAUGGUA